AUGGACAACACCAUCUCAACCAACAAGCACCAACGCUCACACGCCGGCUGCACACGCUGCAAACGGCGGCGACAAAAAUGCGACGAAAGCAAGCCCUGCGGACGCUGCACCAAAGCUCGCGUGGUCUGCGAAUACGCCGUCAAUCUACGCUGGGGCGGCCGUAGCUUUGAUCGUUCACGGUUCGGAGAUUGUCUGAAAGCUGGAGCGAGGAAGGUUGUUGGAGAUAGACAGAAGGAGUUUGUGUAUACGGCUUUAGCUAAUGUAGCAACGCCGGAACCGGCUGUCUUGAAGGCGUUUCCGUCGUUGACGAUGGAGGAAAAGAGGCUUUUGUUUCAUUUCACGGAUGAGGCGUCGAGGAUCACUUGCUGCAAUCCUCACGUGCAGAAGGAACUUUGUUCGUUGAUCGUGCCGAUGGCUGUCGAGUCACCAGCGUUGAUGAACGCAACCCUAGCUUGGGCAGCCCUUCACAGCAUGACGUUCUAUGGCAGUAUCGCUGGAGAGUCAGCAACUGAGGCAAUGCAGACAAUUGCCAAGUUCAAGGCGAGAAGCAUUGAGGGUCUUCGAAGAGAGUUGCAGGCCUCGACUUCCAUUGAUGCUUUGCUUGCUACUAUCCGGACACUAUGUCAGUGUGAGAUACAUUCCGGUAGCGAUCACGGCAGUACGUGGCGAGUACAUAUUAAAGGAGCCAAAGCCCUCAUGAAUACGAUUGAUCACUCAGGGGCAGCAUCAAGCUCUCGCCCAAGGCUGCUGUAUCGGUGGUAUGCUUCGCUGGACUCGUUGGCUUUGCUUUCAUCCUCCAGCACCCCGAUCGAAGAUAGCGAGCUGCCUGAGGAUGUUAGGAACCUUGAGAAUGUCCAAGUCUACCUAGAUGAUUACAAUGGCUAUUCGACCGACCUUUCAUACCUCCUCGGCAGGAUCGGAAAUGCUAUAGUGGCCCAAAAGCGACGCGAUCUUUUGUUUCCAGGCCUGAGUGUCAACUUAGAAGCAGACUUCCUCGAAAAUGCAAUCUGCCAAAUCAUGGAAAGAGACAAUUCAGCAACGCCGAGUUUCUACCCCGGCGUGCUUGAGAAGCUCAGUCCACACGCAAUACAAGAGUACGCUUGGUGCAAUCAAGCGUACCAGCAUACUGCUUUGAUAUACAUCCGGCGUCAUCUACGGAAGCUUCCUAGCGACAGCCCAGAAAUUCAAGAUUCGGUCAAGACGAUCAUUGAGUGUGUUCGAUUGAUUACCCCUGCUUACGGACUAUCGCCAACAAUUGUACUGACGACACCCUUAUUCGCUGCUGGCUGUGAAGCUCUGGGUCCAGACCGGACAGUUAUAAAGGAGCUGUUGAUCCAACUCUAUGAUUGUUUGAAGAUUCGCAAUAUUAAGCUUGCUUUGGAGGUGUUGGAGAACUACUGGGCGAACUGUGGUCCAGAUGAUGAUAUUGAAAUUGUGCUUCGCGGUCAGAAUUGGGACUUCAUUCCAUAUUGA